AUGGCGGACGAGCUAAUCAAUUACAAAUUGCAACUGCAGCAGGUAGAAGCUGCAUUGACAAAUAGUCCUGAUGACCCAGAACUCAUGAAAUUAAAAACCGAUUUAGAAGAAGUUAUUGAAUUAACAGCUGAACUUGUAAGAACGCAAGCUCAGCCAAAAAAAGAAAUUGUUCAAACAAAAAAAGAAUCAUCGUAUCAACCUGAUAUACUACCAUCUGUUGCAAAGACGAAAGGGGAAUGGAAAUCAGGGGACAGAUGUUUGGCUCAGCUAGCGGAUGAUGGUAAAUUUUAUGAAGGUACUAUUGAGACUAUUGAUGGAGAAGCGGUGGCAGUUUUAAUUGAUGGACAAAAAUCCGCUGCAGUAACAACAUUAGAUUUUAUUAAAGAUUUACCUAGAACUCAUCCUAAUGAAAUGAAACACAAGAAACAACCAGUAGCUAAGUAUAGAGAAUAUCAGAAGAAAAGAAAACUUGCUAAACAGCAGAGGUUUAAACAAUUAGAAGAGGAACGUGAAGUAGAAAAAAAUAAAUGGCUAGCAUUUGCUACAAAAGGUGUGAAAAAAGGCAUACCAAAAAAAAGCAUAUUUGCCUCUCCUGAUAAUGUUAACGGACGAGUUGGCAUUGGCACCUGUGGCUUAGGUGGAAAAGGUAUGACUGAAUUUCCAACUGCCGAGAAAAGAAAAAAAUAA